AUGGCAACAAACGUUAUCACAACGCCAACGGGACGGGGUAGAAUACUAUCGCCUUCAUUUCGGGACAUUGCUCCUAGUACUGUCGGCGAAAUUAGACAACAGGGCGAGGAAUUGGGUUAUCAGGGGGCAGAUUUAGAUAAAUAUGUCCGUUCUACAUUUAAACAAAUGCAAGACCAAGAACGAACUGAACGUUUGGCUGAAAGAGAAAGCCAAGCGCGUUUGGUCGAAAAAGAACUGGAACUGACAAGGCUAAAAAUGGAAAUGUUCAAAACGGGACAAUCUACAUCUGAAUCCAAAACCUCUCCCUUUUCAAUUAAAAUUAAAGCCCCUCCUGAUUUUGUGCAAGGAGAUGACAUGGAUGUGUAUAUAAGGCGUUUUGAAAUAUUUGCUAAUAAUUGCCAAUGGAGCCAAGAUGUAUGGGGGGUCGCAUUUAGUGGGCAGUUGUCGGGGAAGGCAUUGGCUAUAUAUAAUGCAUUGGAUGUUGAGCAGACUAAGGAUUGGGCGAGUGUGAAAUGCGCUAUGCUAAAAGCAUACAAUCUUACCGAGGAAGGGUAUAGGGAGAAAUUUAGACAAUCUAGACCUGCUAAGUUUGAAACGGCUACCCAAUUUGUCGUUAGGCUAAAACAUUAUUUGGCACGAUGGGUUGAACUGUCUGGCAUUGAAAAUACAGCGGAGGUAUUAAUAGAUUUAAUUGCACAGGAGCAAUACCUGUCCACUUGCAGUUAUGAAGUUGUGAUGCAUGUCAGAGAGCAUGCGUGCAAUACUGUGGGUGAGAUGGCUACCUGUGUUGAUCGUCGUGAUGAAAGUCGACACUACACUGGUAUGAACCAUAAAACACCGCGUGUAGAAAAACCAUCCAAAAAUACUAGUCAGUUACCCAGUCGUGCACAGGGCUUAGAAGCGACAGGGGGUCAACAGUCAAAAUGUAAACCAGUAUGCCAUCGGUGUGGUAAGCUGGGGCACAUGAAGACUAAAUGCUGGUCAACACGUGAUGCUAAAGGCAACAUAUUGACAGUUGGGGCAUGCAUGAAUACUCGUAGCGUCCUUAAUGCCUCAUCUGACAAAUCUACUGUGGCUAAUAGGGCAAGUACCUCGGUGCUGAUCACGGAGAGCAAACAGAUGCAAAUGACUAAAAUUGGAGAUAAGGUUCUGCCUGUGCCUGCUAUGAUGGGGAUUGGUAUCAGUGAGGUGGCUGAGACUAUAUCCAUGCCUAUUGCAGUGGGCACAGUGAAUGGUCAUAAGGUGAGUGUUCUCCGUGACACUGGUUGUAGUGGGGUAACAGUACGAACUAGUUUGGUGCACCCAUCGCAAAUGAGUGAUGAGGAGGGCACUUGCAUACUAAUUGACGGUUCUAGAAUUAGAACAGGUAUAGCAGAGUUGGAAGUCCAAACGCCUUACUACACUGGACCUGUGAGAGCACUCUGUUUCAAAUCUCCAAUAUGGGACCUGGUUAUCGGUAACAUAGAGGGCGCUAGGGAACCCUUUAACCCCGACCUAGGUCAAGAUGGAGGGCGGUCGAACAUGGUGAACAAUCGUUAUUUGUAUAGAGGAACCCCAUGUAAUGAAACAGUGUCAGAGUUACAGAGACACAAUAAGGCAGGGAGGCAGUUUCAUGCCCCCAUAAGGCCGGGUUUCCAAGAAAAGAGUAACUCGAUUGAUGCGGUGCAGGGCGUUGUGACAAGGUCCCAGUUUUGGGGUGGGGACAAACUCAAGGCACCUCUUAAGGUCCUAACACGCCCAAAUAAUACAUUGGUCACGACAGAAGAGUUAAAAGCAGCACAAAAACGUGAUCCAACUUUGAAGCGAGCCCGGGAAUUGGCUACGAAGGGAGUGGAAAUCAAUACAGGCACUUCAAAUAUCUGUCGUUUCCUUUUUAAAAAAGGAUUGUUGUAUCGUCAUUUCCACUCUCCGUCAUUAGAAUUUGGGAGGACUUUUAAACAACUGGUGGUGCCAUCAGCUUUUCGUCUGGAAGUUAUGAAGCUGGGGCAUGACUCAAUCCUUGCAGGCCAUUUGGGUACCCAGAAAACUAUCAAUAAGAUUUUUACCCAGUUUUAUUGGCCAGCAAUGCAUGAACAAAUUAAAAGAUAUUGUCGAUCAUGCGACAUUUGUCAACGUACCAUCCCAAAAGGGAAAAUAGGGAAGGUCCCUCUUGGUACAAUGCCAUUAAUAGAUGUACCAUUUAAAAGGGUGGCGAUGGAUCUUGUAGGGCCCAUCAAACCAGCCACUACAAAGGGUCAUCAAUAUAUCUUAACUGUGGUCGAUUACGCAACUCGUUACCCAGAGGCUACACCUCUGAAACGGAUUUCAACAGAAGUUGUAGCUGAGGCAUUAUUCACUAUAUAUUGUAGAGUAGGAUUUCCAGAACAAGUACUUACAGACCAGGGUACACAGUUUGUGAGUGAUGUGAUGAGGGAGGUCAGUAGGCUGUUGUCAAUCAAGCAGCUAACCACUACUCCAUACCACCCUCAAUGCAAUGGCCUUGUAGAGCGUUUUAACGCCACUUUAAAGGGCAUGCUCAAGCGCAUGUGUAGUGAACGCCCGAAAGAUUGGGAUCGGUAUAUAGCACCUUUGUUGUUUGCGUACCGCGAGGCUCCUCAGGCUAGUUUAGGCUUUUCCCCCUUCAAACUAUUGUAUGGCAGGACCGUAAGAGGCCCUAUGACCAUACUUAGAGAAUUGUGGACAGGGGAGGCUACCAGUCCUGAAGUCCUCAAUACCUAUGAGUAUGUGCUUAAUCUGAGAAAUCGAUUAGAAACUACUUGUCAGAUAGCACAGCAGGAACUAACAAAGUCAAGUGAGAGGUAUAGAUCGCAUUUCGACAAAAAAACUAAACCUCGGAAGUUCGAAGUUGGUGACCAGGUUUUGCUUUUGCUACCCACCUCUGCAGACAAACUGCGUAUGCAAUGGCAAGGUCCAUAUAAAAUUAAAGAGCGGGUAGGGCAGGUGGACUAUCGCAUAGACAAAAAUGGUAAACUGAAGUUGUAUCAUAUCAACAUGUUAAAAAAGUAUGAGGAAAGAAGGAGUUUUGACAACUGUGAGAAAGAUUCUAUCACACAUUCAGAAGUGGGUACUGCAGGGCUAUUAACAUGCGUAUCUACUGGCAUGGUUGUAACCCCACCAGAUGAUCAGAGAGAGGAUGGUCCUGAAUGUCGGUCUCCUGACAUAAUAGAAUUUGUGCCCCUUUUAGGGGAGGAGACAAUUGAAGAUGUGCAUUUAGGCCCAGAUCUCUUGGAGAGUCAGGUAAUGGAAAUCAAAUUAAUUUUGAGAAAGUUUACAAAAACUUUAACAGACUUGCCUGGACAGUCGAAGGUUGGGUGCCAUGAUAUAAAGUUGACGACAGAUCAACCAAUCAAGUGCAAGGCAUAUGCAAACCCCUUCGCAACCCAGAAGUUGGUCAUUAAGGAAGUGGAAGAUAUGUUAAAGAUGGGCAUCAUAGAACUGUCAGAUUCACCCUAUGCUGCUCCUAUUGUCUUGAUUAAGAAAAAAGACGGAAAGAUUCGUUUUUGUACAGACUUCCGUCGUCUUAAUCAAAUAACAGUCUUCGAUGCCGAACCAAUGCCUAACCCUGAGGAGUUAUUCUCCAAUCUUGCUGAGGGUCGAUACUUGACAAAACUUGACUUGACCAAGGGUUUUUGGCAAAUACCCUUGACCCCUGGGUCAAAACCUAAAACUGCUUUUCUCACUCCACUUGGGUUGUUCCAGUAUAGGGUUAUGCCCUUUGGCUUGGUCAAUAGUCCCAGUACGUUCUCGAGAAUGAUGAGGGUUAUUCUCGGGGGUAUGCAUGGAAAGGUCGUCAAUCUGGUAGACGAUAUAUUGAUAUACAAUAAACUAUGGGAAGAUCAUGUAUGCACCCUUGUUGAGGUUCUACAGCGUCUUCAAGAGGCUGGUUUAACAGUUAAACCAUCAACAUGUUAUAUUGGUUUUUCUCAACUUGAAUUUGUCGGCCACGUCGUAGGGCAUGGUGAGUUGCGGACCAUGCCCAGUAAAAUCAAUGCCAUGCAAAAUGCGCGAAGACCAGAAACAGUUACCCAAGUAAGGGCCCUGCUAGGAUAUGCGGGAUAUUAUCGCAAAUUUGUACCCAAUUUCACAGCUAUCGCUGCUCCUUUGUACGAUCUAACCCGAAAAGGUCUGCCGAAAAAAGUAAUUUGGGAGAAGGUUCAUCAGCUCGCCUUUGAACAACUAAAACAUGCUCUUAGCAAUCCCCCAAUCCUUAAAUUGCCAGACUUUAAUCGUACAUUUGUUCUGAGAACUGAUGCUGUUGAAGUGGUGCUAGGGGCGGUUCUGCUUCAAUAUUACGAUGAAGUAGCCUUUCCUGUGGCAUUUGCAAGCCGAAAACUAACUAAAGCAGAG